GGCGUCCAAUGAAAAUGUGUCGAGUGGUGAAGGAGGAGCGGCGAUCCGUCCGGGUUCCGGUGACUGAGCUGCUUCGGGAGCGACUGAACGGGACGCUCUGAAUAUGGACGAGCUGGAUAUGUUGCUGGCGGAACUUGAGCGACCGUCGGUUGCCGCCGCUGGGGCCGGCGACGACCCGUCUUUUCUGGCUGGGAUUGACUUUCUGACUACAUUGGCCACCGAUGGCACUUCACGAGUGAAUUCAGAGCAGCCAAAACCGACGACCUCUGGUGGCCAGCAAGUGGAGUCGUCUGUUCCAACUAAAUUGGACCCAGUCUAUUUCACGUUUCUCGUUGACAACGAGGGAGCUGCCUCCAAAGGAGGAAGACCGUCUGAUGGCGUUGAAAGACCGCCUGUGGAGCGUUCUCCGGACACCCAAGAAACUAUUUUACUGAGCCCGACUUCGGCUGCUCGGGAGUUGGACGAAAUCAUGGCGAACCUGGCCGGCGUUCUCAGCCUCAGUGAACCUUCGCCGACCUCGGCCAUUCACAUCCCAGAAGCAAACUCGCAGUCGCCGGAGACUUCGCUGGACACCAUGCUUGGUACCCUACAAACGGACCUCAAACGUCUUGGGGUAAGCACCGGACCCAAGGGGAUCUGCUGCUCCUGCAAGAAGCCCAUCGUAGGAAAGAUUCUCACGGCGAUGGGUCUAACGUGGCAUCCCGAACAUUUCGUCUGUGCGCACUGCCAGGAAGAAAUUGGACACAACGGUUUCUACGAGCGGGAUGGUCGGGCCUAUUGCAACAAGGAUUACCAGAACCUUUUCUCACCACAAUGUGCUUACUGCGGCGCAGCUAUUAUUGACAAGAUCCUCACGGCCUUAGAUAAAACCUGGCACCCGGAACACUUUUUCUGUGCACACUGUGGCGAUAUAUUUGGCACCGAUGGUUACCUCGAGAAGGACGGGAAGGCGUACUGCCACAAAGAUUACUUCUGCCUGUUCGCGCCCAAAUGCGGCUGCUGCGAUCGGCCGGUCCUGGAGAACUACCUUUCCGCGUUGGACAACGUCUGGCACCCAGAGUGUUUCGUUUGCAGGGACUGCCUGACGCCGUUCACGAACGCCAGCUUCUUCGAGGUGAGCGGGAUGCCAUAUUGCGAGAUGCACUAUCACGAGCGCCAGGGGUCGCUGUGCAGCGCCUGCCAGAAGCCCGUCACUGGCCGCUGCAUCGCCGCCAUGGGCAAGAGGUUCCACCCGGAACACUUUGUCUGUGCCUUCUGCCUCAAACAGCUCUGCAAAGGGGUCUUUAAGGAGAACAACGACAAGCCUUAUUGCAACGCCUGCUUCAACAAACUAUUCCUUUAAACGCCAGUUGUCCCGCCGACGCUUCCCAUCCCCCAGCUGAGCGCAAGCAUAAUCUCCUUCCCUUCUUCCAUUUCACGACGACUUCGUCGCUCAAUGCUCGGCAUCGGAUCCCGACCAAAAUAAAGACGCGGAGAGCAACUUUAUAUUAGAGCAGGCACCGAGAGGUGCGGAUACAGAAGAUGAGGUUAGAGGAGGUGCGUAAACCUCUGCCUUACCAUUCUCCGCGUCCCUCUCUCCCCUUCCCUCACCCUAGUCGCCCCACUUCUUCCACUUGUCGCAUCUUGUAUCUAUGCUGUUAGCAAGCCAUCGCGAGCCCCAAAGGGGUAUUAUUAUAUUAUCUCCCGUACCUAUCCAAGUUCUCCCGAGCCGCUGUUUACCCCGCUGUUACUGCGACACGUUGAAACUACCCAUGUUCUCCAGAGAUGCUGCCUGAGUUACUCCAGCACUUUGCGUUUAUAUUAAAUAUAACAUGAUUCAG